AUGCCACUAGAACUCGGCGGCAUUCGUGUUGGGCUGGUCUGCGAUGCCACACCGAUGGAUCAGUAUGCAACGCAGCUUGAGACCCAACCUAACGGCAGAACGCGCAGACCCAAACAGAUGGGCAUGGCCAGUUGCUACGUACCUAGUGUCGCUGGGAAGACCUUCUCGAUCGCUGUGAUCAAUAUGCGCACCGACGUGUCGGUCUCCGUAAACUGCUAUCUGGACGGCCGAUGCGUCCAUGGCAUGCUCUUUGCUCCGGGCGUACAACAUAUCUCGCAUGGCGUCUACGUGUCCGAGACUGAUUAUCGGCCGUACCGUUUUGCAGACCUUCAGGUAACUGAUGACGAGGCGAUCGCGAAUCCGAAGGACCCGAACUACGAAGACCUAGGCAUGAUUGAGAUCCAAGUGCUUCGGGUCAGACAAGGAAAGUCUGUGCAUGCGAAUAUCGGUGACACAGCCGAGUCCCGGCCGGUGCAUGAGAGAAGCAAGAAGGCCGGAACACAUCGAGUAUCAUUCGGAAACAAGGUGCGAGGAGCGAAAGCUACCUGGGUCGAUAUCACCUACAUCGAUUCUGUGGAGGAGCCGUUCGCUACCUUCAAGUUUUUCUACAGGCCUCGAACGCUGCUACAAGCUCAAGGAAUCAUCCCUACUUCACCAGCGUCGAGGAAAGGCAAGCAACGAGUCCCCGAUCCAGAUUCCGUAGGAGGUCCCACAGGUAUCAGUACAGGUGUCGGGCUCAAAACAGAAGAUAACAAGGAUUCGCUCCGUCCGAACUUCAAGAACGAGGCUUUAGAUGCGGAUACCAAGAGACGUAUUCCAGAUGGAGAACCGAGCAACCGAAGUCCCCAGAAGAGACGUCGCAUCGACGAUUCGGGUGAUUCUGCAUCGGUCGCCCUUAAAACGGAAGUCGGAGAAGGAUCGUCCAGAGCCAAUCUGCCCUUUAUCAAGAGCGAGCCUGUCGACGAAGACAUCGAACCUUUAGUAAAGCAAGAGAGUGUUUAUCACAUUGAUAGCAGACCGACUGGUAAUAUGGAGAGUUCUUCGAAUCCUCAUGGGCAGUCUAGGGAUCACGAUGAUGAAGUUGCGUCGUUGAAGGUGCAAGUUCAGACCCUGCAGGGUCGAGUGGACCGCCUAGAAGCACUUGUCCAGGAACUUCGUCAGCAUGUCAAGAUACCUAUUGCUAUUGAUCUGACGGAGGACCCAUGA